CAGUCCAUAUCUCUAUGUCUAUGGUCCAAAUUACUGCUAUAUCUACUACAAAUUUUACUACAAGUAAUGCCACCUAUAGGAACAACCUUCCACUAUUUACUACCUGUUCUUUUCUCACAGCAGCUAUUAUGGAAGAUAAAUUUCUUCUGAUCCAUAGAUGGCAGUGGCGGCAGUGCCAUUACAAUUGUCUUGUCAAUAUAAACAUUCGUUGUUUGUAUCUUCGAAAUAUCACAGUUAUUGAGGAUUUGAAAUUGAAUAUCCAAUACAGAGAUUAAGAAAAGUGUCUCAAUAUAUUUCUCAGAUUCAAAACUUAUUCGAAACAUCAAUGAGUUUCGAUUAUAAUACAAAGCUAGAAUUAUCAGUUGGAAAGGAAGAAGUACGGUUAAGGAUGUCCACUGAAAAUGCAGACGGUGAUGAUAAUGCCGAACCAUUUAUAAUGACAAGAAGGAAAGGUGGAUGGGCAGAUGAUGGAAAUAAAUCAGCUAAAACGUCCAGAUCAUCAAAUUUUUUAGACAAAAGAUUUGAGGAUGAGAAAGAAGAUUCAGAUGAUGAUAUUCCAGUAAUUCCAGACAUAGAUGAUAUAACUUAUGACUCUUCAAACUUACAAGAUGUCAACAUCCCGAAUGUUUCAGUUAAGAAGGCAACUUAUAGAGAAAUAGAUAAAGACAACAAACUUGAAAAUUUAAAGAUUGGAGAUGCAAAUUUCGGCAAUAUUGGCGACAUUGAUUUGACUCUACUCACGAACAAGCUAUAUCCUGAGUCUGAGGUGAAAAGUGUUGAUGUGGAAUGGACCCUUAAUAGUCUUGGACUGGAUCUGGCAAGAAAUCUAGAAAAACUUUGAGAAAAUGGCGCACUAUCUAUUUUGAAUCCGUCCAAAUAAACUUGAUUGAUUGCCUAUUAGUUUUGAAUAAAAAAAUUUCAAUGUA